CAACUCAGUCCAGUCAGCAUUAACUAGUAAUCUGAUUUCAACCUGCAAGUGCCUCAAAUAAAAUAACUUUUUUUUUGUAGUUAAUUAAUAAUAACAUUUCCAAGUAGGCAGAGAAGGCUUUAUAUCCCAGCUCAAGGUUCAAGACAGCUGUUGUCACAGAGAAAGCAGGAUGGCAGACAAAGAAGAUUUACAGUUGACUACUGUCUCAUAUGGAAAUGAACUGACUGGAGUGGACAAUCCAGGAUUUGUAAAGGAGAAUAAAUUAGCAGAAGAAGCAGACUUGAGUGACAGUGAAAAAGAGGAGUCAGAGGAGGACUCAAAAUCAUGCCUAAGAAAAGCUUGCAUACCCAUCACAGCCACAGAGGCCUUCUUCAAGACUCAUUCCAAAAUAAUCAAGAACAUUGCUCUGGCAAUACUUGCUGCAGGUUUUUUGGCAUACUUUAUUGCUGCAGUUUACUUGAAUUUCCAGAGGGCAAUUUCUUUGGUUGUCCUCACUUGUUUGGGGGUGUUGAUCAUUGUGAGCAAUCUAGUGAAUAAGUACAAGGGUGAAAGCAUUAGGAAGUUCUUUAAGCCAGCUCAAAGAUGGUUUAAAUCCCAUUUGAGAUGGAUGAAAUGGGUGUUCAUAGUAAUCGUGUUGGGACUACUGGUGGCAUGGUUGGUAGUUGACACUCGAAAGCGCCCAGAAAACCUCAUCUCUUUUGCCGGUGUCUGCAUGUUUGUUAUUGUCAUAUUUCUCUUCUCUGCACACAGGACUGCGGUGUGCUGGAGUACAGUCUUCUGGGGACUUGGUUUACAGUUUGCCAUUGGCCUGUUUGUCAUCAGGACAGAGCCAGGUCUCAUAGCCUUUGAAUGGCUUGGAAAGCAAGUUCAGAUAUUUUUGGACUACACAAAAGCUGGCUCUGAAUUUGUGUUUGGAAACCUCAUUGAAGGCAUAUUCGCUUUCCAGGUUUUGCCAAUAGUGGUUUUCUUCAGCAGUGUAAUGUCAGUCCUGUACUACUUGGGGGUCAUGCAGUGGAUUGUCAUGAAGAUUUCCUGGGUUAUGCAGGUAACAAUGGGAACCUCCUCUCCAGAGUCUAUCAGUGUGGCAGGGAAUAUAUUUGUUGGUCAGACAGAGGCACCCCUCCUGAUUCGUCCUUAUCUGAAGGACAUGACCAAGUCUGAGAUUCAUGCUGUGAUGACUGGAGGAUUCGCCACCAUUGCUGGGAGUGUUAUGGGGGCAUUCAUCUCAUUUGGUAUUGAUGCAUCAUCUCUAAUUUCUGCAUCUGUGAUGGCUGCCCCAUGUGCUUUAUCCAUUUCCAAACUAUCCUAUCCUGAAACAGAACAGAGCAAGUUCAAAUCUAAGGAUCAGAUUAAAGUUGACGGCAGUGGUGAACAGAAUGUCUUGGAAGCUGUCAGUAAUGGGGCAUCUGCAUCUAUCGGAAUUGUGGCCAACAUCGCUGCUAACUUGAUUGCCUUCCUCGCCAUUUUGAACUUCAUUAAUGCAGCUCUUAGCUGGUUGGGAAGCAUGGUUGGAUACCCAGAAGUCACUUUUGAUUUAAUCUGCUCGUAUGUGUUCAUGCCGGUGACUUUCAUGAUGGGAAUUCCAUACGAUGAGUCAUUUAUAGUGGCUGAGCUUAUUGGCACUAAACUCUUCCUUAAUGAGUUUAUAGCCUAUCAGAAGCUGUCUGAGCUCAAGAACAACAGACUUAAUGGCAUUCUAGAGAAUGGUUCAGACAAAAAUUGGAUCUCGGUUCGAUCAGAAAUCAUUUGCACCUAUGCCCUGUGUGGCUUCGCUAAUUUCGGUUCUCUUGUUAUUGGGAUUGGAGGCCUGUCCUCUAUUUGCCCAUCAAGGAAGGGUGAUGUAUCAGCUCUAGUGCUCAGAGCCUUGUUCACAGGCUUUUGUGUUUCCUUGAUCAAUGCCUGUAUUGCUGGUAUUCUUUUUGUCCCUUCACUGGACUGUGUGAGUGUAUUCCAGGAUUCAGUCUUUAAUGCCAAUGUCUCCAACAUUGAAACUUGCUGUUAUGACCUUUUAAAUAGCACUAUCAACAAUGGAACAAUUUAUUUUGAGGGUUCUUGGAGUGAAGUGAAAAAUGCUACAAUUUAUUUUGCCAACUGUUGUGGUCCCUUCAAUGUACCUGUGUGCAUGUAAUUCGAACUAGAGGUAACAGUAUCAACUGUGCCAAAAAUCACUCUCUACUAUCUAUAAUGACAUUAUUUAUUAAAUUGUCACAUUUUAAAAUCAAUUUUUCCAGUUUAUACAUGGUUUUAUAUAUUUAAUUUUAUUUGGUCAUUUGACAAUUCAUGCAUAAUUUCUUUAUAAAGAAAAAAGCGUAUUCAGGCACUAUUUUUCUUUUAUGCACUGUAAAUGCUGUAAAUGUCUUUGAAUAUAAUUGUGUUAAUUGUGUCUGUCAUUUGUAAAUGUAGAAUAAUUUGUGUGGAUUUUAAAAGAUAAUGUUCAUGAUCUAAGAUUUUAUGAUGUAUUAUAUAAGUCUAUUAUGAUGUAAUAUAUAAUUGUAUUGUAUUGUAUUGAUUUACAUGAUUGUAUAUUUUAUAAUAGAUUAAAAGAAAUUGUACUUGUACAGUUUUUUCUAUAAGCCAUGCUGAAAUCUCUUUGGUCAUGUUUUUAAUAUAGCUAUGAAACACUGAAUUUCACCUUUUGCCUGGUUAAAAUGAGCCAAAGAAGUUCCUACUGCUAUUUACAUGUUUAUACUACAAAAAAAUUAAAUAAAACCAACAACAACAAACAUAAACUACAUACAUAAAAGCCCUAGUAUUUUACAUAAAACUUGCAAACAUACAUGUAUAAGCAUAUUUUCUCUUAUACUCUUCAAACUACACAAACUUUCCUUCUCUCACUCUGUCACACAGAGUACGAAGACACGCACCCCUUUACAGACCAGAAUUCCCUAUGUUACAUCAUACAAAUGUUUAUCAUUAUUGGACUCCAUCUUUCUUGAGCACUAUCUGUGGUAAUCCUUUAUAUAUCAGCAAGAGCAAUAACCACUAAAUAAUGCUCAUCUCAUGUGGAAAUAGGGUAAAGUUUAGGCAGCUAUGUUUAUUGAUUUGAUAUUGUUUAAUAUGAAAUGGAA